AUGGGCCUGGGGAACAGGCAGACUGUCAGGAAUCAGGCUCAGAGCUUUCCUGCAGAAAAGCCCAGGGCUCCAGCUCCGGAAACACAGGCAGAUACUUUCAUGUGGACCCAGAAAACUUCCAGAGCCCUGAAGACCAGGGGAAACACCCCUAAAUACGGACUCAUUUUCCACUCCACCUUCAUUGGCAGGGCAGCUGCCAAGAACAAAGGCCGCAUCUCCCGAUACCUGGCAAACAAAUGCAGUAUUGCCUCUCGGAUCGACUGUUUCUCGGAGGUGCCCACGAAUGUAUUUGGGGAAAAGCUCCGAGAGCAAGUGGAAGAGCGACUCUCCUUCUACGACACUGGGGAGGCGCCUCGGGACAAUCUGGAUGUGAUGAAGGAGGCAAUGGUUCAGGCAGAGGCGGCCGCUGAGGAGAUGACUAGGAAGCUUGAGAAGCGGGAGAAGAAACGCUUGAAAAAGGAAAAGAAGUGACUGGCUGCACUUGCAUCUCAGGAAAACAGCAGUGCUCCUGAGGAGUGUGAGGUCGCAGGGCAGGAGACCAACGGGGAACGGCCCAAAAAGAAGAAAAAGCAGAGGGCCCAGGAGGCUCCACAGGAAAAUGGAUUUGAAGACCCAGCUCUCUCUGCUCUCCCCAAACCCAUAAAAAAGAGAUCUAAGGAGGAGAUGGUCAGCAGUGAUCCAGAAGGGGUGCCUCCCCCCAAGAGGAAGAAACUGAAAUCUCUCCCCAGAGAGGAGCCUGCCUAUGAUCCUCAAGAGUCAGCAAAUGGCGGGAGCAUCCCAAAGAAAAGGAAGAAGCUCCCUGGAAAGGGGGAGCCUGCCAGUAGUGGACCCGAGGAGGCAGCUGCUAGCAGCAAGAGCAACAGCACUAAGAAAAAGAAAACAAUUAAAAAACCAGCCCAGGAAGAUUAG